GCCCGCUCCGCCCCGCCGCGGAGCAGAACCCCUGAUUAAUUCACGCUUUUUCCAUCCCACAGGGUUCUCCUGCUGUGAAAAGGCUCCUGGGGGCUGCAGCUGCUGGUGGUACUGACCAGACAGCACAAAGUUCUGUAGGAUCACGUUGUUACACGUAUCUGUGCCAUUUGGACCACAGAGGAUAUGGCAAAAGGAAGGAAGAAGAAUGUCCCAAAAGCAGCUGAAAGAAGCCUUUGUCAGCAACCUGAACGGAACGAGUUUGCUGGAAAUUUCUGCAGGUUUGUCCCUGCUUCCACUGUGCCUGCUCUGCAGAGGGCUCCUCCUGAUCCUGUACUACCUGCACCAUGGAAAACCUGUAAGCUCAAGGAAGUACAGCCUGCUGCUGGACUUCCUGGUGCUGGUGUCUCCUCUCGUGUUCUCCUGCACUGUCUUGUCUCCAAUCAUCUUUUUCAUACCAGUUAUCCUUGCUGCCUUCUGUGCCGGAAUAUUUUCCAAAAUAUACAGCCAGACAAAACGGGAGGCCAGAGUGCCCUUUGGGCAAAUUGUAAAAGAAUUCCAGAAGGCACGCUUGGACCCCGAGUGCAUUCCAGCAAUAACUGUGUUCCGUGUUUACAUCAACGUGCUGACGUCCAUCAGCAUUUUGGCCGUGGAUUUCCCGCAGUACCCCCGGCGAUACGCCAAGGCCGAGACCUACGGCACCGGAGCCAUGGAUUUGGGGGUGGGAGCCUUCAUCUUUGGAAAUGCUCUCGUUUGCCCUGAGGUUCGGCAGAAGCCUCACAGGACACAGCCCAGGUUCUCCAGUCUGGCCAGGCAGGUGUUUUCGGUGUGGCCGCUGAUUGCCCUUGGCGCUGGGCGGCUGCUGAGCGUCAAAUCCAUCGAGUACCACGAGCACACCUCGGAGUACGGCGUGCACUGGAACUUCUUCUUUACCUUGGCUAUGGUGAGACUUGCAGCCUCUCUGCUUUUAGCCAUAUUCCCCAAACAUAAGGCUUGGCUUGUGGCUCUAGCUGUGGCUGUGCUUUACCAGUUCCUCCUCAGCACGACCUCUCUGAAGAUGUUCAUCCUGCACGGGAGCGACGGCAGGGGCUCCCGGCUCGGCUUCCUCAAUGCCAACCGGGAAGGGCUCUUCUCCCUCUUUGGCUACCUGGCCAUCUACCUGGCGAGCGUGCAGGUGGGGCUGUGGCUGCUGCAGAGCAGGAGCUCGGUGAGGGGCUGGCUGGAAGCCCUCGGGGGGCUGGCCCUGGCCGUGCUGGUGCUGUCGGUGCUGCUGCAGCUGUGCCAGGCGUGCACGGAGCCCGUGUCCCGCCGCGUGGCCAACCUGCCCUUCUGCACCUGGGUGCUCACCCACUGCCUGCUGCUGCUGGGCUCCUUUGUGCUCACUGACCUCAUCCUGGUGUUCACAAAGCUGCUGGUCAAGGGGUCCAGCGUGCCCUGCUCCUGGAAGGUUGUGCAGCCCCCUGAUUCCAGGAAAAAGCAAGGAAAGGAGGCUGUGCCGCUGGGAAGGCAGGACAAGCCGUCACAGCUAUGCCUGAUUAGUGCUAUUAACAAAAAUCAAUUACUGUUUUUCCUGCUAGCGAAUGUUAUGACUGGUGCUGUGAACAUCCUGAUAGACACAAUGCACAGCAAGGCUGCCUUUGCAUUAUGCAUACUGCACUUGUACAUGUUUUUUAACUGUUUAAUUAUGUAUAUAUUACAUGCCAGAAAUAUAGUAUUAAAGUUUUGGUGAUUCCAAAACUUGGUUUGCUGUUGAAUGAUGGUAUUGAAUGGAAAAAUAAGCAUUUUUCCUGGAUGUGUUGCAAUAAUUUAUAAUUUAGCAGAGCUUUUUAUUAUUUAGUGUUGAUUACUCUUUAAUGGUUCAUUUUACCAAAUUAUACAGUUGAUGAUCUUACCUGUUGGGAGUUGUUGCACAUUAGCCCGAAAACUUAGGUUUGGAGAUUGCUGAAUAUUCCUGCUGCUCCUGAGAGUAAAUUGUAUUUACAGUUAGUGAACUGUGCUCAUACCCAAGGAAUUAGAUAACAAGGUAGAGCAGAAACCAGAUGAAAAGUAAGAUGAGGAGUAAUUAUAUGGAGAGAGAGGCCUAGCUGUGUCAAGAUUUACCUAGUUAAGGCCCUUGCAUAAAUAAUAGAUAAGAAUAAUUCUUUAUAUAAAAUGUAUUGAAUAAGUGGAUACUUGAAAAUGUUUUGGCCCCAGUCCUGCAGAGACUUAUGCGUAUGCUUGACUUUGAUGGUAGUAAUUGUGGAAUGUUAAUCAUAUACUGAAACCUAAAUUAGCCUUUGAAUUAAAGCUAAAUUUUACUUCCGUCCCCACUGAUGAAUAUAAAUGAAGACCUGAGAUAAAGUGUGAUGCUCUGAAGGAUAAACUCAACUGCAGAUGAAUUCAUAAAGCAGUUGUUGGAGGUUGUGGUGCAGAUAAUAAGAGCAACACUUUGUAAGAAAACACAAAGAUAGCAAAUGAAUUCAGCUCCAGCCUGCAGACCAGCACAUUGAAUACUGUAUUUUGCCAGCUGAGAUGUCUCCAAGGGGGGACAUUUGGUAUCAAUUUUUAUUAGCAAACAAACAGGCUGCAGAUGGAAAGAAGUGCAGUGCACUGGGUCAGGGUUCUGGCGAUGGCUUGAGAGGGGAACUGCUCAGUUUGUCAGUCUUCCUUGCAGGCCAGAGCAGAACACCCUCUGUGUUCCCUUUCCUGACUGUGACAGUUCUUCCUGACCUCAUCAAGUCGUUGGGAAGAGAAAUACACUUAAAGACUGUGAGGAAUUCAAUAAUGGGAUAUAAAUACUUUAGGAGUAAAUACCAUUGGUAGUUGAUGAUAGAUGUCCAGUGUCAGUGGAGUUACAGCAAUACAUGUGGGCCAUAUUUCAUAUUUCUCCUUGUCUAUCACAAGUGAUGAAUCAUCAAACCUUUGCAGAAUAAGCCUCCAAAUCAGAUUCCUUAAGAUAGACAUGCUGAGGAAGAGUCAUAAAUUUAUCAAGUUCUCCAAGCCCCUGGCCAGCAGAAGGGUGAAGUCUGAGGAUUGCAGGCUGUGACCACGCUGAGUUCAUGCUUGUUUGCUUCCAACUGAAAGCCAUGUAGUCUUGAGAAUGAAAGAAAAGCAACCUGUAUUAUCCUGGGGCCAGAUGCAAGAACUGGCAACAACCUCUUAGAAACAGUUGUCAGUUUAUAGCAGAGUUUUCUGGUAACUGGUGGAUGUGUUUAUUUUAAAACACUUCCUAGACUUGCCUAGGGAAGAAAGGUCUUCCUCAUGAACCAACUGGCACUACUCAUUUAUGCAAAAUUACUCAUGGAUAUUUAUUUUUGAAAUGUUUAAAGCCCGGGACCUGCAGCGAGUUCUGCCUGUGAGCACAAGCCUGUGGUGUGAUUCAGAACAGGUUGGGUGUGACAGGCAGAGCUGUGUCUGGACAAGCACAGGGCAUCCAGGUGCCAGCUGCACUGGCUGGAGCAGGGAGGACGUGGGAGGCCUGGUGGGCGAGCUCCACACGGGCUGGUGCUGCCAGUUCAGGGCUGCAGCUGUGGCUGGCACAACAGCCAGCCCAGGGAUGGUGUGCACCUGAGUGAGAGCAGCCCUCUCACCAAGGCCAGCUUCUCAUCCUGAGACUUCUCCUGGCCUGAGGAAUAAGUUUGAGGUUGCAGCCAGGUGGCUUUGGUCUCUUCUCCCAGGCAGCAAGUGACACAAGCAGAGGACAUGGCCUCAAGCUGCACCAGGGGAGGUCCAGGUUGGACAUCGGGAGGAAUUUCUCCAUGGGAAGUGUGGUCAGGCACUGGAAGGUGCCCAAGGAAUGACUGGAUGUGGCACUCAGUGCUCUGGGCUGGUUCACAAAGUGUGGAUCAAAGGUUUGGCUUGAUGGUCUCAGAGGUCUUUUCCAACCUAAAUGAUUCUGGGAUCCUGCGGGCUGUUCACCAGUGAAUUAAUGAGAGACAAUUCUCAUUGCCUGUUGUGGAUAACAAACGCAGUGAGCUCUGCCCUGAAGCCACUGGUGCAGUUCUGAAUGCUGAGUGCUCAGCCUGUGAACACAGGAGAAUUGCCCAGGCCUCUGAAGGAGCCCAGAGGUGCAAGCGAGCAUCCUCUGAUCACAGGAGGAGCAAACAGCUCUGUUUGGGUUGGAAAAGAUAUGGAAAGUGAACACCUGGACACUGCUGCUCUCCACACAGCUCCACAGCUGAAGGAACAGGAACUCUGCAUUCACUUCACUCUGGGCAGUUCUAGACACAGAACCCUCUGUACAGAUUAAAGGAUCACUCCAGCAUGCCUCCUCUCCCGGCUGCAGUGGUGUCUCUUUUGAAGUCAGAAGUUACCCCGAAGAUUCCAGGCAGUAUCCUAUUUCAAAGCCACACUGUCCCAGAGAACAGGUAUUUCUUCCAGGCAAAGAGGCCCAUGCAAAUGAGCACAGGAAGGGGCUGGCUGCCUUUCCACCGCCUUGGAGAUAACAAAACAAGCCACGUGUUCCAGCGACUUAAAAAAACAUUAAAAAUCCACGAAUAAAAA